AUGGAGGAACUUCCCCUGCUGCGCGCCAAGGGGAAUCACGUGAGGGAGACAACAGGUCCGUCUGUCGGACCGGGAGCUUAUGAUCUAGAUAAGCGGGCCACUAUCAACUCUAGUUGUGCACCUUUCAACAGCACCAGUGUUCGGCAGCCUCUCCUGUCUGCCGACCGCGAGCUUCCUGGGCCUGGUACAUAUAACGUACCUGCGGCACAGAGUGGCCAGGCUUUCGGGGUGGGGUCACAGCCCUUUGUGUCGGAAUCCGCUCGCUUUGUUGCAGCAGCCUGCAGCGAUAUCCCUGGGCCUGGCUCCUACGAUGUCGCGAGUUAUCGGAGCACGCGCAAAAAUCCACGAUCACACAUGUUUUCUGGACCACACGGGAAUGCACUCGACAGCCAGUACACCGAGAGCGUCGGCCCUGGCAGCUACAACCCCAACUACGCUGCUGCAGACCGCAGGCUUCCCAAAGCGGCCGGGUUUGCUAAAUACAGUAGUCGGGAGCCGCUGAGGCCGCCAACGGGCCCGGGCCCAGGAAGCUACAAUCCAUCAUUAGUGCUGCGAUCGCUUGGCGCGGCGAAGCCGUCCUCAAUGUUUGUAACGAAAACCAAGCGAUCUCUGUGUGGCGGCAACGGAUUUAGCGAUUCUCCUGGGCCCGGCACUUACCAGCCAUGGAUGGCGUCAGAGCGAGGCGCAGCAAUUCCGCGCGAGCAGUUCUCCGCCUUUGGCUCUUCCUCCUCUCGGUUUGCCCACGGGAAGGAGGGCGAUCUGCCGGGACCUGGUGCGUAUACCGGUGAGAUUGCGCCGCGCCGUUUCCACCCGAGCACCAAAGGCAACUCUGCCGCUUUUGUCUCAGGGUACGACCGUUUUCCAGCAUCGAUGGCGGCGCAGUCGCCAGGUCCGGGAACGUACGACCCACGGCGCUCACGCCGGCAUCACGAUUUUGGCGAGCCCAUGCCAUUUGGAUCAACAGUACCCCGAUUCGACCCGGUGUGGUCGCAGCAUCCGCGAUCAGAGCCGCUCAUCUUUUCUGGAGACCCCGACAAUGGCAGGGCCCCGAGUCAGCGACGGAUGCGCCCAUUUAUAUAUGGAAAGAUCCAACCUUCGAGCGCUCCGCCUCCGCUGCCGCACCGGGCGUACGAUGUGCGGUACGACUGGCCAAAGCCGACGUCUAUGGCAAAUACCACGUUUGGCACAUCUUCACGUUUGCCGCUUCAUCAAACCAGUGCAGUGCCAGGCCCAGGCAGCUACUGUGAGCUGGGGGACGCUGCUCCUGCUGGCCGCCGCUACGGUAACUCCAAUUGGGGCCGCGAUGUGCGAUUUUCCGAGGUGGCGCUGUCGUCAGGCACGCCGGAAGCAGGUAAGUACUAUCACGCCAGCACCUUCCUAAAAAAGACCUUCAAUUCCACGAUCGGCUCUGACACUGCGUGGAUUGAGUAG